CAUCAUAGACGCUUUCAUUUCAUGUACUCCCAAAAUCCAUAAAUUAAUAUUCAUAUCUGAAGUUGAAUCUCAGGCCUUCAUAAUGGGAAUGGCAUUGAAAGACAAGACUCGUCAUCUACAGGAACUAACAAAUGUAUUUGUGGAACAAGAAAAGCAAAAUCCAGAACAAGCAGAAUAACCAGAACAAGCAGAUCAAAUUAUAGAACAGAAGGAUGUUCCCAUUAAAGUUGAAUUAGAAAUACAAUUUAAACAAGAUGAGGACAUCUAGCUCAAUUCAAACAAUAUUUAGUUGGAAAUUCAGAAUUUGAAUCCCCAAGUUCAGAGGAUUCAGAAACCCACUGUAGUCAGUUAUCACAAUGGACACAAAUGUAUAGAUAACCAUGUUGACAUUAUUAGAAAACAUUGCGUAUUAAUUCUUCAGAGAAUUCAGUGUUCCUUUGAAUUAAUAAGUAUUUCAAACCAUCCUUCCAAGAGUGAAUGAUUCCAACCCACUGUGUCUGUGUGGUAGAAACAUCAAGAUCAGACUCGAAGGUAAUUAAUGUUGUUAUUGUGGAUUGCAUAGAUCCACUACAUUAUAAUGUGAAUAACGAGUAAGAUUGUUAGUAAUUUAGGCAUGUGGAAGAUAGUAUUGUGCCAGUUGUAUUAAUCCGGCUAAAAUUUUUAACAUAUGUUUUUAAGGUCAUUAAAUGAAAUUUGUUUAAGAAUUGGAUGUUACCUAAAAAUGUUUAUAUUGUCAAUAAUCCACUUUUCGUCUUGGCCACUUCAGAUGUUAACCCUGUCACUUGAAGAUAUGCGCUUAUUGCUAUUAUUCAAAGUAUACGGAAUGGCAAUUCAAGAAAGUAAAAUUUGGAUAUACCUAAAUUAGAUGAAAAUCUACUUAAAUUGUUUGAAAAAGAUCAAGCCAAAUUACAGAUAAGAGGUUUACAAUUAAUUAAUUACUGAGUAUUUGCUUGAUGCAAACUUAGAAAAAUUACAAUAGAGAUGA